CGUCAGCAUUAGUGGGCCAGCCGAAGGGAGCUGUUAAGGUUGGCGCGAAACGGAGCCAUUGUUCGUUACUAAUGGAAACUGAAAGCCGCGAGACUGUCGGAGCGCCUUCCAUCUUUUAUAUUCUUUCUUCCCCCUCCCUGAAACCCUAAUUUUUGGUUUCGCCCUUUUUCUUUUUCUCCGAUUUGUUUUUGCUGUUUGUUUUUUCUUGUUUUCUCCUUCCAAUGAAAGACAACGAAUCUUGGAAGUCCGUUCCUGCAUCGUUGUGCCUGCCGGGAACGGAUUUCCGGGUAUUAACGAAACUAAUCUUUCUCUGUGUUCUUUUCUUUUGCCUAGAUAUUUUUGUUGGAUGGUUCUUGCUUCUUGACGUUGAUCUUUAAUUGAACACAGGCUAAAUCUCCAUGGCUUUCGGGGAUUUUUGUCGUCGGUGUCGCUUCCGGCGAGAUUUAGCGGCAGUGGUUAGGUUUUGGAGUUAAUUGGAACGCAAGGGGUUGCUUCUUGCGUGUUCUUAUCCAAAACAGCAUAUUGCAAGCCAUAUAGUCUCUAAUUAUAUAGCCUUGAAUUGUCUAAAGGAGCAAAAGCUGCAUUCAUGGUUCUUAUAAAAAGUCAUGUUGCUCCUGAUAGAAGCCAAAGAAACUCACAUUUAGAAACGGAUUCAGGAUCUAUUGGUGGAAGUGGGAGAAAGCUUGAAGUAGAUAAACUUGAAACUAUUGAAGAAGGCGAGAACAAUAGAAUAUAUGGCAGCGACGGGUAGAUGUGAAACAAGCUCACAUUCAACAAAACAGCCAGAUAUUAUAGGUUUAGGCAGUACACAUUCUGAAGAUACUGCUGGGGAAGGAUUUUCACUUUCCCCAACAGAGCAGCUGGCGUAUGGGUCUUCAUCAUGUAUAAACUUGUUGGAAUUAUCAGAUCUUGUUCAAGUUGACGAAAAUGUUAACCGACCCGAAGCAGGCACAAUUUUCUUGGGAAAUCCCGAUCAUGAUGUUUACCAGCUUCAAUUUAAAGAUGAUGAGAGCGAUGUUUCCAGCAUUUGUUCUGCCAAAUCAGAGAAGAGUAGCGGUUCUCAAGGUCCCACAUCUGCAUCUCAAGUUUAUGAUAUUACCCAUGAGUCUGGUGGAAAUGCUAUGUCUCCAACCCAAUCCCCUCCUCUUCAGACAAUGGAUCGUGUGGGAGGAUAUGAAUCAUAUGAUCCGUCAAGAAUUCCAUCUGCAGUUUUCCAAAGAAGUAGAUCAUCCACUCCAUUGGAAUGGAGUAUUGCUUCAAAUGAAUCCUUGUUUAGCAUUCAUGGUGGAGAUGAUAGUUUCUCCGGAGAUAAUUUGUCGAUGUUGAGUGAUUUAGGGAAGUCAGACGAGUUGACGAAGUCAGACGAGUUGACGAAAUCAGACGAGUUGACGAAAUCAGACGAGUUGACGAAAUCAGACGAGUUGCUUGUGUUUAACUCACCACCUGCAGUUAUCACGUCAAGAGAAACUGAAAUGAAGAGUGUCGAAUAUGAAGAGGAGCCUAAAGUGGCAGAUACCACAGAAUAUAACAUUGAAGAUAAAGAGGGUUUGGUUGCAGAAGAUCUAAGUGGAAGAAACGUACUGCCUCCUGCAUUAUCAUCGAAUUCCUCUAGCAGAUCUCGCCACUCUGAAAGAAGUCAAUGCAGCUCAAAUUCCUUCGCUUUCCCCAUUUUGGCCGAUGAGGUGGCUCAGGAUGUAUCUGUGCUUGCGGAUGAUAAAAUAGAAGGUGCUCCAGUCUCUACAAAAUCUCAUCAUGCAAACUCUUGGUUUCCCUGCUGUUCAUGUUCUUGUUACAAAUGGAAUUGCUAUUCACGUUCUUGUUGCAAAUGGACUUGCUGUUCAUGUUCGUCUUGUUGCACAUGGAACUGCUAUAGUUGUAAUUUUCGUCCUCACUGUCAUUUUUGUCCUCGAUGCCGUAUUUUUUACCCUUGCCAUUUUUGUCGUGGUUAAGUGGACAAUGUCGCAGAAAAGACAGUGUCUAUGAAUAUUUUCUUGAUUGUU